AUGGGUACUCUCGGAAUGACUUUUGCAGCCCCAACAAUCUACGAUCCUACGUCCUCAGGGUACGUGCCAGCCCAGUCCACCCAAUUUUCUGGAGAUGGGAUGACACCAGUCGGGUACAGUGCUGCUCCCGGCAGGGCCCAACCGUCCCAAAUGAGAGGGACAGAGGCAAGCGUAAACCCUUCUUGGGGGAAGAGAUUAGGGAAAGGAAAGAACCGGUCCGAGCCCUCUAAGAAGGGCAAGAGGGGAUACGAGCCCCAAUAUUCAGAGUACACCAACUUAGUGGAUACCAGGGAAAACAUAUACCUGGCCACGGAGAGGACGGUUCACUACUGGAAACCCACCCCCAUGUUCAAAGGGGGAAUGAACUCGAGGGACACCAACAAGAGGUGUGCGUAUCAUAAAGACGUGGGUCACUCGACCGAAGAGUGUCAUCAGCUGAAGGAUGAAAUCAAGAAUUUGAUCAAGUUGGGACAUCUCCAUCAGUGGGUUAAGAUGCCCGUGGGUGUUCCGGGAGUGCCAGUAGUUCCCGGACAAUCCAUUAUCUCGGGUGCACCUGGAGUGUACCAACUUCCCCAAGGAAGAUACGCGAUAGUCCAGGGAGCACAGGCCCCUCAGGGGGCCCCAAUUGUGCAGGCACCUAGACCCGAGAUGCCUUUCCCCUCUGAAACUGCGCCCCCUCGAGUAGAUGGUCACAUAACCACCAUCUCGGGUGGGCCACACCUGGGGGGACCAUCCCGGAAUGAUAAAAAACGAUACCUCAGUGAGAUUGACCAUGACCAAGAGGUAUGCGCCUUGGUCCAGACCCCGGCUCAACGCCCAAAGUUGAUGAAUUUACCCAUCACCUUCACGGAAGAAGACGCCUGGAACGUCCACUUCCUGCAUCAUGAUCCUUUGGUCAUCGAUGCCCAAAUAGCUAACAAGAUGGUGUCCCAAAUAUUGGUGGAUGAUGGAAGCUCCGUCAACAUUUUAUACAAGCCAACCUUCAUCGCGAUUGGCUUGACUAAGGCAGAUCUGGCCUCAUGCCUAACUCAGAUCUACGGGUUCAACGGAGAUUCGAUACUCCCAAUGGGGAAGAUCUAG